AUGUGACGAUUAAGACGUAAACAGGUUUUACAGACUAUAUUAAAAUAUACAAAUAAAAGUGCAUUUUGGGAAUUGAUAUGUUUUUAAAUUGAGAAUGGCCACAACGACAAUGGUGGUUUCGCCGUUGGCCACCCAAUCCCCGCCCAAAAACAAGAGACGCUUAUUUGCUGAGGCUCGCCAGAACAGUCUGCAUAAACUCAGCGUAAUUUUCGACCAUGGAAAUAAGAACGGCAAUGGUGGUGAGACAACGUGGUGUUUCAGUCAGGUCAAAGGCACGCUUGAGGAUGAUGUGACAGAGGCCGAUCUGAUAUCCUGCGUUGAGUUCAACCACGAUGGUGAACUGCUAGCCACGGGUGAUAAGGGCGGGCGUGUUGUUAUAUUUCAGAGAGACCCAGCAUCAAAGCAAUGUGUACCCAAAAAGGGAGAAUAUAAUGUGUACUCGACGUUCCAAUCACAUGAACCGGAGUUCGAUUACCUCAAGUCGCUUGAGAUUGAGGAGAAAAUCAAUAAAAUUAGAUGGCUCAAACAGAAGAACCAAGCUCAUUUUCUACUCUCAACUAAUGAUAAGACUAUUAAACUAUGGAAGGUGUCGGAGCGUGACAAGCGCGUGACGGGCUACAACACGCGUGAGGAAGGCGGUCGGCCGCGGGAUCCGGCGCGCGUCACGCAGCUGCGUGUGCCCACUGUCAGACCCGCUGAUCUCAUGGUCGAGGCCUCGCCACGACGGAUAUUUGCAAACGCGCACACGUACCAUAUAAACUCUAUAUCGUUGAACUCUGACCAAGAGACGUACCUCUCGGCUGAUGACCUGCGAAUCAACCUCUGGCACCUGGAAAUCACCGAUCAAAGCUUUAAUAUUGUCGACAUCAAGCCGGCUAAUAUGGAGGAGCUCACAGAGGUGAUCACGGCCGCCGAGUUCCACCCGACUGAAUGCAAUCUCUUUGUAUAUUCUAGUAGUAAGGGUACCAUCCGCUUGUGCGACAUGCGCGCGGCGGCGCUGUGUGACCGACACGCGAAGCUCUUCGAGGAGCCAGAGGACCCACAGGCAAGGUCCUUCUUCUCGGAGAUCAUCUCUUCCAUUAGCGAUGUCAAGCUCAGCAACUCUGGCAGAUACAUGAUGUCUAGAGAUUAUUUAGGUUUAAAAGUUUGGGAUUUUAGAAUGGAAACUAAACCCGUAGAAACAUAUCCAGUGCAUGAAUACCUCCGAUCAAAAUUGUGCUCUUUGUAUGAGAAUGACUGUAUCUUCGAUAAGUUUGAAUGCUGCUGGAGUGGAGAUGAUCACAGGCUUAUGACCGGCUCCUAUAAUGGAUUCUUUAGAAUAUUCGAGCGUAGCGGCGGCGGCGGUCGUCGUAACGAGCUGACGCUUGAAGCGUCACGUGAGGCCGCAGCUCGACCGAGACAGCCUUUGCGCGCGCGUCGGGUCGCCACCACCGCUAAGAGGAAGAAGGAUGAAAUCAGCGUAGAUUGCCUCGACUUCAUCAAGAAGAUUCUGCACACGGCGUGGCAUCCUCACGAAAGCAUCAUUGCCGUUGCCGCCACCAACAAUCUCUUCAUCUUCCAGGAUAAGUACUAGCGCGUCACCGUUACCGAGGAAUCCUUUACCGAAGUUACAGUAACGGGGGACUUCGUUACCGUAUCUAUAGUUAUCGUUAGUAAAAGUACAGCUACCGUAACGGAGGCUAUCGUUACCGAUCGGACCGUAACUAGAGUUAUGGUAACUAUGGCAACCGUUACCCAGGUUACCUUAGCUAAAGUGACAGUGGAUAUAGUAAAGCUAACCGAGCAUCCGGGCCUCACGUGAUGUAUACUUUGUACUGAGUUUUAUAUACAGGAUGUUUUACAGCUUAUAUUCGUUGAUAUUAAUUUUUAAUUGACUAAUUUAUUUUUUUGGAAGAAGCGUAUAAAGAUCAUAUCAUGUUUUUAAAUGUAAAUCGGAGAGGCAAAGUUUCCGUUGCAAAAAACGGUUGUAGAAAAAACGUAUUAAAAAUGUCUUUAUUUUAUAACUGUAAAACUCAGUACACAAAUGCUAAAUAUAACCGCCAUAACCGCUUUGUUUAAAAUUUGCGUCCAAACGUGUAGUCCAUAUCUCGAGAUUGAACUAAUCUUGAGUUCGCACUCAAGUCGGGCGAUGCCAUUUUUUCCAUCUUUUUUAAAUCAGUGUUUAUAAUUUUAACUGAAUGUAAAAAGUCAGACUGACUUAAGUAACUAUUUAUCUUCUCUUGCAAAAAAUCUUAAAAUGUUUGUCUCUUAUAAUUAAAAAAAACUGUACUCUUCAUAUUUAUUUCUCUUGAGGAAAACUUCAUUGAUUAAUUUCAAUUCUGUUUAAAUUUCGAAUGGGAAUUUCGUGCUUUAGUGUGUACUUGAGAUUAGGUUCAGAUCUGAGAUCGCCCCGAACGCUUUAAAGAUAGAAUAAGUAGGAGAAUCGAAUAUAUUAUUGUUAGUAUUUGCUUUUUAAUCUGUGGGAUAGUUGUACUGUUUAUGACAUAAAUUGAUAAAAUGGCUUGUUUUUAUUAACGUAUAUACAAAACUUAAACUAAGCAGCUGUAUUUGACUACAGCAGGUCCUAUAUAAGUGCUAAAUUUGGGGGUGCAAAUUAUAUAGCAAAUAACUGUCAAAAGCAAAUUGAAAACUGGUAAAAUGUUAAAACCAGCAGUUUUGGCCUAGUGGCUUCAGCGUGCGACUCUCAGCGGCCCCAGCUGUGCACCAAUGGAAUUUAUUUCUAUGUGCUCAUUUAAUAUUAGCUCGAACG